AUGGCGUCGCCAAUUGCAUCCGCAGCUCUCAAAGCUCGCGUUUUUCGACCGUCUAUGCUGAAGAAGCUAUGUCGACCUGAGGACAUGCUACACCAUUUCCCCAAUGGCGCCUACAUUGGCUGGUCCGGGUUCACGGGUGUGGGCUAUCCCAAGAAAAUGCCCACUUUCUUGGCAGAUCACGUAGAAAAGAACAAUCUACAGGGCCAGCUACGUUACACAUUAUUCGUCGGAGCUUCAUCGGGAGCUGAAACGGAGAACCGAUGGGCUGAACUAAAUAUGAUUGAGAGACGAAGUCCUCAUCAAGUCGGCAAAGCUAUCGCGAAGGGUAUCAAUGAGGGGAGAAUUCAAUUCUUCGAUAAGCAUCUUUCCAUGUUCCCUGUAGACUUGGUAUAUGGCUUUUACACCAAAGAUCGGCCCAACAACAAAUUGGAUGUUGUAGUGGUGGAAGCAACAGAGAUCAAGGAGGACGGUAGUAUCGUUCCCGGCGCAUCUGUUGGCGCAACACCCGAACUGGUCCAAUUAGCAGACAAGAUCAUUAUUGAAGUCAAUACGGCUAUUCCUAGCUUCAAUGGACUUCACGACAUCACAAUGACCGAUCUACCACCGAACCGAAAACCGUACUUAAUUAUGGACGUCGAAGAUCGCAUCGGCUCUACAUCUAUCCCAAUUGACCCCGAGAAGGUCGUGGGUGUGAUCGAAUCCGACUACCCUGACCAAACGACGGAUAACACACCUGCUGAUGAAUCUUCGCGCGCGAUCGCUAACCACUUGAUCGAGUUCUUCGAGCACGAAGUCAGCCACGGCCGCAUGCCCAAGAACCUGUUACCCCUACAGUCAGGUAUCGGCAAUAUCGCGAACGCCGUGAUCGGUGGUCUUAGCGAGUCCAACUUCUGGAACCUUAAGGUGUGGACCGAAGUGAUCCAGGACACCUUCCUGGACCUCUUCGACUCCGGCCGCCUCGACUUCGCAACUGCAACCUCGGUCCGCUUCUCCCCCGACGGGUUCAAGCGCUUCUACGAUAACUGGGAGUCGUAUCAUAACAAGUUACUACUCCGAUCGCAGCAAGUGUCUAACUCGCCCGAGAUCAUCCGCCGACUAGGCGUCAUCGGAAUGAACACGCCUGUCGAGGUGGACAUGUACGCGCACGCAAACAGCACCAACGUGAUGGGCAGCCGUAUGCUCAACGGCCUCGGCGGGUCCGCCGACUUCCUGCGCUCUUCCAAGUACAGCAUCAUGCACACUCCCUCGACGCGCCCCUCCAAGACCGACCCCAUCGGCGUCAGCUGCAUCGUCCCCAUGUGCACGCACGUCGACCAAACCGAGCACGACCUCGACGUUGUCGUCACCGAGACCGGUCUCGCUGACGUCCGCGGCCUCAGCCCCCGCGAGCGCGCGCGCGUCAUUAUCGAUAAGUGCGCCCACGAGGAGUACCGACCUAUUCUCAAGGGCUACUUCGAGAAGGCGGAGUACGAGUGCUUGAAGAAGGGCUGGGGCCACGAGCCGCAUUUGCUGUUCAACAGUUUCGAUAUGCAUAAGGCGCUUCUGGAACAGGGGAGUAUGCGGAAGAUUGGGAAGUGGUAG